ACAGUCAUGAUGUACGCGAAUAUAUAGACAUGCGCACGACCGGAAUUCCUGAAGACUGAUGCAGCUUUGAGUGGUAAAAUAUUUUUGGUGCCGGCUGUCACUUGAGCACUGGCGAGCACUGGUGACAGUGGUGACUUGAGUGUGUCGGGCUACGACCAUAUGGUAAUACGUACUUGCAUGUACAAGUGUCGAUCUAGCGUUAAUAUUGUUGUGUACAUUGCACUACGUUGAAAUCAGUGCAUUAUGGAAUCAAAUUAUUUUCAAAAUGUCAUGAACACCGACUACAGCCGCAAAUACGAUGGACGUAUCGAAUAUGGUACUGCCGGUUUUAGAACAAAAUCGGAUAUUCUGCCUCACGUUUUGUACAGGAUGGGUCUCUUAGCAGUGUUAAGAUCAAAAGCAAAAAGAGCUGCCAUAGGUUUAAUGAUCACCGCAAGUCAUAAUUUGGAACCUGAUAAUGGUAUCAAGCUCGUCGAUCCAGCCGGUGAAAUGCUUGAAGCCUCCUGGGAGAACAUUGCGACAGACGUAGCUAAUGUACGAGAUAGCGAUUUGAUAUCGAUGUUGACGCGUAUUUCUACAGAGGAAGAUAUCGACUUGUCGGCACCGGCCACGGUGAUAACGGGAAGAGAUACUCGUGAAAGCAGUCCUGCCUUGUUGAACGCUGCGUUAGCGGGAAUCAGAGCUCUAAGUGGCACCGUUACGGACUUGGGAGUCGUUACGACUCCGCAGUUGCACUUCGUUGUAGUUUGCACGAACACGAACGGUGCUUACGGCAAUCCCACGCUGCAGGGCUACUACUCGAAACUCGCAGGAGUAUUCAAAAGCGUGAGAGGUGCUGCGAAGCGCAAUAACAAGUACGCGAAUGCGUUGCAAUUGGACGCGGCAAAUGGCGUUGGUGCGAUAGCGACGAGAGAAUUUCAGGCACACCUGGAGGGCGCACUGGACAUCGAUCUAUUCAACGACGGGAGCGGCGGUUUGAAUCACAUGUGUGGAGCGGAUUACGUCAAAGUGCAACAGACACUGCCUCUGAAUGUCCCGCGUACGACGAAUCUCCGGUGCGUCAGCAUAGACGGAGACGCCGACAGAGUGGUGUAUUUUUACGUCGACGAGAACGACGAAUUUCACCUUCUGGAUGGAGAUCGCAUAGCGACGCUGGUGGCCGCCUACUUCAAGGAAUUGCUGGAGACGAGCGGUCUGUCCCUGCAGUUGGGUCUGGUGCAGACCGCGUACGCCAACGGCGGUUCAACCGAUUACAUCUCAAAUGUGUUGAAAGUCCCGGUGGCGUGCGUGCCCACCGGCGUGAAGCACUUGCACAAGAGAGCGCUGGAGUUCGACAUCGGAAUCUAUUUCGAAGCGAACGGACACGGGACUGUCAUCUUCAAAGACACCGCUAAGGAAACCAUUAAGAACCGUGUUAAGAAUGAGGCGCUUUCGGAGGCACAGAGGCUGGCUUCCAGCAAGUUGAGGGACGUGAUCGACAUGAUAAACGAAACGGUUGGUGACGCAUUGAGCGACAUGUUGUUGGUCGAGACUAUAUUACACGCCAAGGGCUGGGAUAUCAUCGAGUGGGAAAAGAGUUACGCCGACCUUCCUAAUAAACAACUCAAAGUCCGAGUAAGAGAUAGGAAUGCUAUAACGACAACGAACGCGGAAAGGUAUUGCUUGACUCCCAUCGGUCUGCAGGAAGAGAUCGGCAAAGCCGUUUCGAAAUAUCUAAAAGGCCGAUCUUUUGUCAGACCUUCCGGAACUGAAGACAUCGUACGAGUUUACGCGGAAUGCGAAAACUCGUCGGAUGUUAACAAACUAGCCACAGAAGUAGCGUCACUAGUGUACAAAUUCGCAGGCGGUGUCGGACCGGAGCCUAAUUUCUCGUGAUAAGAUUAACAAAUUAUUACAUCGUUCUAUAUGAGUGAUAAUCUAGAGCGUUCUUACUGACUUCGAAAAUCUGUAAAUACUGAGAUUUUAUAAAUAUAAUAUACUAAUACGCAUAUAUUUUCACACAAUGUGUUGAAGAAAUAAUCGAAUUAUUGAAAAAUUGAUGUUUUUUAUAUUGUGAUCAAACUACAUGUAUAUUCUGGAUGGAUUAUAUAACGAACAGUUUUUCGGAAUACUCGGGCUUUCUGUAUCGCGCAUCGUUGAUACUUAUGUAUAACGGAGAAUUUACUGCUGAUGGAAAGGUGAUGGGACAAGAGGAACACGUAUAUUCUACGCUUAUGCUUAGAUUAUCCAUCGGUCUAUUUUAAAGUCUGAAUUCUAUAUAUCUUAUAGAACAGAAAUUUAUACUUCGAUAUUUAUACUUUUCUAUUUUGAUAUAUGUAUGUACAUAUAAAAUUUUAUAUCGAC